AUUGUGCGUUCGAGGUCUUUUUAGCAGCUGACAUCAACAAACAGCGGAGCUGUGUGUGUUGACCGGUUGUUCUUAACCAUUUACUCAGGAAAAUCGCAGUUUUACGGCUCACGGGCGGUAGUGCACUGCAGCGGCUAUAAUGGCGGAAACGGACCCAAAAUCUGUACAGGAUUUGACCUCAGUGGUACAGACGCUGCUGCAACAGAUGCAGGAUAAGUUCCAGACCAUGUCAGACCAGAUCAUCGGGAGAAUCGACGAGAUGAGCACCCGCAUCGAUGACCUGGAGAAGAACAUCGCCGACCUCAUGACCCAGGCGGGCGUGGAGGAGAGCGAGGGAGAGAGCAAGGCUGUCGAAGGUCAAGGGGCGUAGCGCCCAGCUGCGCCCAGACGGGUUGCCAAGUAACUAAAGUAAUUAAGAAUUUCUAAACGAGCAGCAGACCUUUUCAAAAGUAGGGUGUGAUUUGUUUUAUUUUUUUAUUUUGAAUUGCUGUGUCUGUGUAGUGUUGUUUUUUUUUUUAUAUCCACUCUUGUGAUAAUGUAUAUGAAACUUUGUGUGCUGACUGUAAGUUCUUGUUUAAGUGGGUGCUUUACAGAACGUUUGCCUGGAAGAACAGCGUUUAACUCAGAGCUGAGGUCCGCAGGACUGACAGCACGACACAUUCCAGCCUGUGCCAUUUUGUUCAAUUAAAACAAUUUCCUACACAGCGGUGUUUCCUCUUCCGUUAAACACCUUUCACUCAGGGGUUCAGCGAUGGGACAUUAUUCUGUGUUUUUAUACGAAGAACAUCCAAUACAUAAACUGUGGAUUUCAAAAGGGUGGUACAGUGUUAAAAGAAAAAGCUUCAAAUAAAUGAAGAUCCCAUAAAGAAAAUGUUUACGCACAAAAGCAGUCAUCCUCAGGAUUUUGAUCUUUUGAGCCUUUAGGCUGCUUCACAUGACUGCAGCAGACAAACCGCAAGCCAACUGUGCUGCGUUCAAAUUCUUUAAAAAGGUUCCUUGUUUCCUUGCCUUGCUUUCUUUAAUUCUUUCACAAAGUCACAAAGAAACGGUUCAAAGUCAAAAUUUUGCCGUUUCAUAGGAACUGAAUAGUCUUCCUCCACACCUGUGUGAUUUUAUGGUGAAACUUCCAGUAUAUAUGUACUGUAACUUAAAAUGGUAUGUCCUGACUUGACUAUUU